UUUAAAUUUUAUUGUUUUGACAUUUUGCUCACGUUGUGGUAUUUGUUUACAAAGGUUAUAUUUAUAACAAUUAAUAACCGUAUAUUAAACAAUAAAAAUGGCUCAAGGUAAAAUGAAAGUUAAAAGUAAAUUACCAAAUGGAGCUAAAGUGAAAAAGGCGAAAGGAAAAGCGGUAACAAAGCGCAUCAAUGCACCAGUGCGCAGUAAAGUGAAGGCAGUGGAAAAGAACAAAAUGAAGGCAAAUGUGACUAAGAUGGUGAAUGCUGCAGCAGAGCAACAGUUGAGGGCUUUGGCGACGGAUACUCCACAGCUAUCAGCUGCUCAACAGAGAGUGGCUGCCGCUCCAACGGCCCCUGCACCUGCCAAGUAACAAACUUCAUGUUACAUCUAUGUAAAUAUUAUCAUGUUCACAUAAGUUAAUAUAAGGAAUAAAUUAAUUAUAAAAUUCA